UGUAGAUUUCAAAAUUUUCAUGAAUUCGAAAGGAGAACAUGAAAGUGUUUUAUCCCAUAUAAAUUUAUAGGAAAUGGUGAAAGAAAACAAGCUGAUAUUGACAUUUGAUCCAACGAUUAAAGCUCGUUUUGGUGUACUUCCACGGUGUGCAAAGGAUGAGGUUCAAAUCAGGUGGUUUGAGCUUCCAAACUGCUUCAUAGUCCAUAAUGCUAAUGCUUGGGAGGAGGAGGAUGAAGUUGUUUUGAUCACUUGCCGCAUUGAGAAUCUUGAUUUAGACAUGUUCAACGGGCCUGUCAAAGGAAAGAAUGAAAAAGUCACAGCUGAGCUGUAGGUGAUCCAUGAUUAAUAUAUAUUUUCUGAAGUUCAGUAAGAUGUCAAGGUAUUUC